UCGUCGUCGCAGGGAAUGUCUGGAUGGGCUACGUUUGGGCUUUGGUUCCGAAUCAGAGAGAGGGACACGAGCUUUGAGGAGCACAGUUGUGGAUUUCUGACGAGGAUCAGGAAAUUCAACCCGAAGGAUGUUUUCACCUGGCAGCUGGCUAAGACCCUGGCCAUGGGUCAGUGUCUGGCCGCUCUGAUCUGUGGGACGGCCGUCUCCUCCCAGUACCUGGCCUCAGACUUCCAGGUGAACACGCCCAUGCUGCAGAGCCUCCUGAACUACAUGCUGCUGUGUGUCACCUACACCACCAUGCUGCUCUGCAGAAAAGGGGAUGGCAAUAUUUUACAGAUCCUCAGGAGAAGAUGGUGGAAGUACUUGCUGCUGGGGCUGGUGGAUGUGGAGGCCAACUACACUGUGGUCAAAGCGUACCAGUACACCACUCUGACCAGUGUGCAGCUGCUGGACUGCUUUGUGAUCCCGGUCCUGAUGGUUCUGUCCUGGUGGUUUUUGAAGACCCGCUACAGGGUGGUCCACUACGUUUCAGUCUGUGUUUGCCUCCUCGGAGUGGGGGCCAUGGUGGGCGCCGACCUCCUGGCUGGACGAGACCAGGGCUCCACGUCGAACAUUUUGUUGGGUGACGGUUUGGUGAUGCUCAGCGCCACGCUGUACGCCGUGUCCAACGUGUCUCAGGAGUACACGGUGAAGAACCUGAGCAGAGUGGAGUUCCUGGGGAUGGUCGGCCUGUUCGGCACCAUCAUCAGCGCCGUACAGAUGGUGAUCCUGGAACGGAGUGAGGUUUCCAACAUCAAGUGGAGCUGGCAAGUUGGGCUGCUGUUUGCUGCGUUCGCUCUCUGCAUGUUUGCUUUGUACAGCGGGAUGCCGGUGGUGAUGAAGCUGAGCAGCGCCACCUCCGUCAACCUGUCGCUGCUCACAUCAGACCUCUUCAGCCUCUUCGUCGGGAUCUUCCUUUUCCAUUACAAUUUCUCUGGGCUCUACCUGGUCUCCCUCGUGGUUAUCCUCAUUGGCUUCAUCACCUUCAAUGUUGUUCCAACACCUACUAACCUCACAAACUCCUCCUCUUCCUCCUCGCUUUCAGAGGAAGGUUGCUAUGACAACCCUGUGGCCACUGACGGCGACUUCGCUCGAAGUGAAGUCACUGUUGGAAUCCCAGCUGAGGCCAAAGGGGAGGAAGACGAAGAGGAGCUUCAUCAAGACUGGUGGGAGGAAAAGGAGAGGAAGACGAGCGCUUCAUGGUCAUCGCAGCGAGUUAAUGAUGAUGCUGUUGAGCAUAGCACUAAAUUGUAAACUACAGCAGCACCUCCUGUUAAAAUGAUGAAUGUGUGUUCGAACAUUUAUUUAUUGAAUUGUUACAGAUCAAAUAAAAUAUAAACAAAGAUGUAAAUCUUUAUUAUAAUGUUUUUUUUGCCUGCUGCUAAAGGCAAAAGGGGUGACUAAUUUUUCAUGUAUGUAUUUUACUUAAGUAGAUUUCAUCAUGGGUACUUUUGACUUUUACUCCACUGCAUUUUACAUUAAGUAUCUGUACUUUCUACUCUGCUACAUUUCUGUGAUGCGUUGAAGUAAAAAUUACAUUCAUGUCA